AUGGAUAGCAAAUAUACAUGUCCCCCAGAGGAGAUGCAUCGAUUGGUUUCAUACUGUGAGACCAACGGUCUACCCCUGGUGAUAGGUAGUGACACCAACGCACACCACACCAUGUGGGGGAGCACCAAUAUCAACAGCAGGGAUGCACAACUAUUGGAGUACAUUGCACAGGUGGAUCUGCACCCCAUUAACAGGGGACACAGAGCCACCUUUGUUGUAUCGAGUAGGAAAGAAGUUUUAGAUGUCACAUUUGUAUCCUCCCAUUUGCUGGACCGGAUAAAAGCCUGGUGGGUUGAUGACAACGAAAGUUGUUCCGACCACAGGUAUAUUCGGACCAGCUUAAGCCUUGGCCCCCCUGACCCUAUCACCUAUAGAGACAGGAAGAGAACAAGGUGGGACUUAUACAAAUCAGUAUUAAAAGGAUUAACGGAACUCGACCCUGCUGGGGCAUGCCCAAUGUCAUCCACGGAGGACAUUGAGGCGGGUGCUAGUAGGGUCAGUGACUUUAUCCAUAAAGCAUACGAUGUGGCGUGCCCUGAAAAAGAGGCUCGCAGGCUUUAUCGGGUUGCCCGCUUCGGAGGAGAAGAGGCAUGGGCGGAUUACAAGGCUGCUCGUAACUACUACUCCCUUGAAUUGAGGAGGAGAAAAACCGCCUCGUGGAGAAGGUUUUGCGAGAGUGUCGAGGAGGCACCUGUUGCUGCCCGACUCUCGCGCAUCCUUCGCAACGAUGGCACAAUCAAACUGGGAUCACUGGACAAGGGUGAUGGUGUUUACACCAGGACCCUUUCCGAGACCUAUGAAUUACUACUGGAUCAGUCGUUCCCUACGGACCCUCAACGGGUUCCAUGGGAACCUGACCACAGUAAAGUGGAUGAUGAAUCCAUUAAUUUGAUGGUUACAUCCUCAAAUAUCAGUAACAUAAUUAACUCGUUUGGCCCACAAAAAGCGGCUGGAAAGGAUGGCAUCUUUCCAGCCCUUUUACAGCAUGGGCUGGAUGAGUUAAUUCCGCUGCAGAGACACAGUCAGUACGCCUAUAUGAAGGGCGUCUCCACGGAGGCUGCCCUUCAUCAGAUUGUCAGCCUUGUUGAGGGGGCCCUUGACUCUGGCGAGUAUUGUAUUGCAGUAAUGCUGGAUGUCAAGGGCGCUUUUAAUGAGGUUAGAUCUGAUACCAUUAUCCGUAGCCUUAGGAGGUUUGGCGUCAAUGAGGUGGGUGGUGCAGAGAGGGUGCCCUCAGGGGGGGGGGUCCUUUCACCGCUUCUCUGGGAUCUGGUCGUAAGUGAAAUUCUGGAAAAACUGCAUGAUCGGUUCCCUCAGCUGUACUCACAGGGCUUUGCCGACGAUCUCACAACUGUGGGACGGGGCAUUGACCUUGGUACAGUGGGGAGUCAUAUGCAGAGAGCAAUUAAUCUCGUUAGUGAUUGGUGCAAAGAGGUAAGAUAUCUUGGGGUCUUAUUGGAUCACAAGUUGAACUGGGGCCCACUGUGCAGGGCUAGGGCACUAAAAGGUUUGCGUGCCCUGGCCCAGUGCAGGAGGGCUAUUGGUAAGACUUGGGGUCUUUCCCCCAAUAUCACAAAUUGGAUCUACAAGUCCAUAAUUCGCCCGGCCAUGGAAUAUGGGGCACUCCUGUGGGUUACGGCCUCAGGGGUGAAAUCCCACAUGGCCCAGUUGCAAAGAGUACAGAGGUGUGCCAUGCUUGGUACAACUGGUGUAAUGUCUAGCACUCCCACUGCAGCCCCGGAGUGUUUACUGGGGCUUGGCCCAGUGGACAUCCGGGUACAGCAAGUUGCACUACGUACAUACCAUCGCCUCGCUCACCACGGGCAAUGGAAAAAAUGGACCGGGGGUGAUCGUACGAGGGCGUUAAAGCAUAACAAGUUUGUUGAAAUCAUGGCAUCUGGCAUCAGUGAAUUCAGGAUGCCGUGUGAGAAACUUGUAAAUCCGCCAGCAGAGAGGAACUUUGUAAGCUCUAUCUGCUCGGUGAAAGAUUGGGAGGAUGGUAGCGUGCCAACGUCUGACUCCGACGUGAACUGCUUCACUGAUGGUUCACGGAUGGGUGAGUGUUCGGGAGCGGCUUACUACCUCACUUACAAAAAUCCUGCCCAGGAAGCUGUGAGGUGCUCAAUUCCUCUGGGAUGGGCACCCACAGUUUUCCAAGCAGAAAUUAUGGGUAUCAUCAGGGCUUCUGAAACGUUGACCGACAAUUCCCAUGACCAUGGUACCGUUGACUUCUUCAUUGAUAGUCAGGGUGCCAUUAAAGCGCUCACUAGCCCAUGGCCAGUUUCAUCACUGACUGCUGAGGCUAUUGAAACGCUUAAUCAUAUUGGGGAGACUAAGAAGGUAACACUUCAUUGGAUCCCUUCUCACCAUGGAUUUGAAGGGAACGAAGUGGCUGACUUGUUGGCCAAGGAAGCCACUUAUCGUGAAGCGGUGCAAAAACUUCCAAAAGUGAUGGACCAUUCAGACGUUGGGAGUGGCGAGCGGAGAAUAUGUCGGGGAGCCAGACGUGAAAGUGACAGUUCGGAUACCGAUUUGAACGACUCAGUCAAGUCCAUUAAUAUGCCGCCCCCACCAGUGAUAGGUGCCCACUUUUACGCAGUUCACUUAAGUUUAUCACCAAAGCAAGUGUCGGACGACGAGAUGGAAGCUGUAAUUCAGGAGCAUUUGAAGGCAGCAGCGAAACGACUCAAGCAGAACAAUUCCGUUGACAAUGUGGGAGCGUCGACAGAUAAUGGGUCAGAUUUUGCUAACCAAAACCAGGACAUGUAG